AUGAAGAUGCAAAAUCUUCGUGGUGGACGAGUUGUCCUGCAGGCUGCCGCAUUAGCUCUCGAGAAGUUCAACAACCAGGCGUUACUCGACCUGCACGCUGUAGCAACGUCAUGCAACGAUCCGCAGUUCACUGAUUUCCUUGAGUCGGAGAUGCUUGAGGAGCAGACCGAAUCUAUCAACGAGAUGGGUAAGUUGGUAACGAAAUUGAAGCGAGUCGGAGCAGGUUUGGGCGAGUACAUCUUCGAGAAGGAGGAAUUCGAAUGA